AUGGGUGGAGGUGUCAGUAUAGGUGUAAGUGGAGGUGGAGGUGGAAGUGGAAGUGGAGGUGGAGGUGGAGGUGGAAGUGGAAGUGGAGGUGGAGGUGGAGGUGGAUGGGUAGGUGGAGGUGGAGGUGGAUGGGGAGAUGGAGGUGGAUGGGGAGGUGUAGGUGGAGCUGUAGGCGGAGGUGUAGGUGUAGGUGUAGGUGGAGGUGGAGGUGAAGGUGGAGGUGUCGGUGGAGGUUUUGGUGUAAUUGCAGGUGGAAAUGGAAGUGGAGUUGGAGGUGGAGGUGGAUGGGGAGGUGGAGGUGGAUUUGUAGGCGGAGGUGUAGGUGUAGGUAUAGGUGGAGGUGGAGGUGAAGGUGGAGGUGGAGGUGGAGGUUAUGGUGUAAUUGCAGGUGGAAGUGGAAGUGGAGUUGGAGGUGGAGGUGGAUGGGGAGGUGGAGGUGGAUUUGUAGGCGGAGGUGUAGGUGUAGGUAUAGCUGGAGGUGGAGGUGAAGGUGGAGGUGUCGGUGGAGGUUUUGGUGUAAAUGCAGGUGGAAAUGGAAGUGGAGUUGGAGGUGGGUGGGGAGCUGGGAGUAUUUGGGGAAGUGGAGGUGGAAACUGUAGUGGAAGUGGAGUAUGGAAUAACUGGUUCUCAUAA